CGCGUGGCAGUGCGAGUGAUGUAUCCAUGAAGUCGUUACUACAAAGAUGGCGGAUUUCCUGCCCUCCCGGACUGCUAUAGUUUGUAUUCCCAAUUGUCUUCUCUCCAGCGGUGAAAUUGAUCAAAUUAGAAAGUCUAAGGAGAUUGACAAAAGCCUGUCUCGAGAGAAGACUUAUGUGAAGAAACUGGUGAAGAUCUUGCUGUUAGGAGCAGGCGAAAGUGGCAAGUCAACUUUCCUCAAACAAAUGCGCAUAAUUCAUGGGCAGGACUUCGAUCAGCGGGCCAAAGAAGAGUUCCGGGCUACAAUCUACAGCAAUGUUAUCAAAGGUAUCCGGGUGCUGGUGGAUGCCCGUGAGAAGCUGCACAUCCCUUGGGGAGACCCUGAGAAUCAGGUUCACGGGGAGACAGUGAUGGCCUUUGACACCCGCUCAUCCUUGAUGACCAAAGGGAUGGUGGAGACCAAAGUCUUUCUAAACUACCUGCCCGCCAUCCGUGCCCUGUGGCAAGACGCUGGUAUUCAGAAUGCCUAUGACAGACGAAGAGAGUUUCAACUGGGUGAAUCUGUGAAAUAUUUCCUGGACAAUGUGGAUAAACUUGGACAAUCGGACUACUUGCCCAGCCAAAAGGAUAUACUGCUGGCACGAAAACCCACCAAGGGUAUUCACGAGUACAACUUUGAGAUCAAGAAUGUACCUUUCACGAUGGUGGAUGUGGGAGGGCAGCGGUCGGAGCGCAAGCGAUGGUUCGAGUGCUUUGACUCGGUGACCUCCAUCCUCUUCUUAGUCUCGUCCAGCGAGUACGAUCAGGUGCUCAUGGAAGACCGUCAGACCAACAGGCUCACAGAGUCGCUCAAUAUCUUCGAGACUAUCGUCAACAACCGUGUCUUCGCCAACGUCUCCAUCAUUCUCUUCCUCAAUAAGACAGACUUGCUGGAAGAUAAAGUUAAAAAUGUGAACAUCAAGGACUACUUCCCCGAGUUCACAGGGGAGCCCCACGAUCUGCAGGAUGUGCAGAAGUUCCUGGUCGAGUGCUUCCGUAACAAACGCCGAGAACAGCAGCAGAAGCCUCUUUACCAUCACUUUACCACCGCCAUCAACACAGAGAACAUUCGUCUCGUCUUCCGUGAUGUCAAAGACACCAUCUUGCACGACAACCUCAAACAGCUUAUGUUACAAUGAAAGGCACCGAUUGACCUUUAAGAACAUUCCAUUUUAAUUAGGUUUUUACUUUAUUUAAUACAAAGUAGAAGUGGUUCAAUACAUAUUGUGGUUGAAGAAAAAUGGAUAGGAUAAUUAUGCAAGCUUAUUUUCUUUUUUGCAUAAUAUUACGUCAUAUAUAUGCAAAGAUUUUGAUAUAAAAAAGCAACCUUUUUCAGCUGCUUGUAGCCAUAUCAAAUAUGCUAAGGAAUGGUCCUCAGUUAUUCACCAAAAUGCUGUAAUUGUGAUCAUUUACUGUAUGUUUAUGAGCACAUAGUUUUGUAUAAUGGAACAGUCAACACUCCUGUAGCCCCUAGGCUUAUCACCUAGUUUUGGAUAAAGUUUUUUUUCAAAAAGAAAUGUAAGAACUCAGGGCUUUCGAUAUUUAAUUCAAAGAGCUCUUCUGUACCAGUGAGUCUGGUUAUAUUCUUAAAGGCCCCAUUGUCUAUUUUUUUUUGAUAGGAGGUUUCACUGCCUUUGUCUUCCCACACUCAAAAUGCCUUUUUUGUUGCACUCAGAUCAUGACAGUAAAGUAGUACAAUUAAGGUACUUUUGUAUGAAGUACUUAUUUGUCAUUUAUAUGUAAAGGGAAAGUGUCUUUACCGUUCAAUCCUGUGCAGAGUCUCUGUACAUAAAUUUUUUUUUUUUUUUUUUUUUUUCCCUCUCCCAAGCUUUAUAUUUUACACACUAAUAUAAUACCAUACUUUUACCAUAUUUUUCUAAAAGCCCUGAAAAUUGAAAUGGAUAUUUCUUUUUUUUUUAUUUUUUUUUUUUUUUUUUAUAUGAAUUCACUUUAAAACCAGAAAGUGGCCUUGUGUCUUUGCUCCUGUGUAGGUUAAAGUGGACAGCUUUAGCUCAGGGUUUUAUAAAAUUACUGUUAAAGCAAUCCAGGUGCCUUUCUGUGUAUUGGUUACUACAGACAUUAGGUUUGUUUUUGUUUUUUUUUGUUUUUUUUUUACAGGCCUUUGCCUUUCCUUAGAUGUCUGUAGAUAAACCAAAGCUGAUUUGCUAAGACAAAUUGAAAUGUGUUGAUGGAGAGACUAAGUCUUAAUGUAAUCUUAAUGAAAACAAGCACUGUAAUCUGACUGUUGGUAGGAAAUUUAUAUUUACUGAUUGCCUGAAUUAAGGUCUUUAUGUAUAAAAUCUGUAAAGGAAUUUGCUUAUACAAUGCUGUGUAUCUUUGUCAUGGCCAUAAUCAUUUGCUUUUUGUAUAGUGCUUUCUUAUUGUUUUUUGUUGAUCACGUUUGUGUAAUUCUGUUUAUUAAAUCUGAUUAUUUUACCAGAA